ACGCCGACGGUGGAGAAAUGGUACUGAGGCGGAUAGAGGCAAUGGGCGUCAAGUUCGUGACCAAAGUGGGCGUCGAGGAUAUCACCACCGAAUCCCGUUCAGAAGGAGAGACCUUCACCGGAUUCGAUCUUUCCGACGGAACCCACCUCGAGUCCAAUUUGGUCAUUUUUGCAAUAGGUAUCAAGCCUAGAGACGAGUUAGCGAAAGUAUCUGGUAUCGAAACUUAUGAAAAGGGAGGAAUUAUAGUUGGUGACGACCUCAAAACGAGCGCCAAAGACGUAUAUGCGAUAGGGGACCUAGUUGAAAUGGCCGAUAUACUGGCAUUUAACCUGACGCAGACGAAUACUGGCGUCGGUACGUUCAAACCGCGCCAAAUGAAUAAUCCGGAUUUGUCGACAAAUGAAGCGCUCAGGGUCCUGCUUGGCAUACCACUCUGGUGGAUUGAGAUACAGUUUAUCAAUAGAGCGAUGUUGACUGAAGAACAAACAAGUGUAUUAGCAAGGAUAAAAGACGAUUAUUGCUUUUAUGAAGACACUCACAAGUAUUCAGUAAGCGCGACACGGUUGUACCUGGAAACGUCUUAG